AUGUCUACGGAGAGAACCAAGUAUGCGAGUAGCAUUCUGACCUCCAAGGAUCCGUUAGAAGCUACAGAGAUUAUUCGAGUUCGGUUGUCUCAGGCAAAGCUCAUCAACAAGGAAUUCUACCUCUUCUUCAAAGAACUCGCCGACCUUAAAAAAAGUUACUCGCAACAAUUGCGCAAGAUCAUCGCCAAAAAUGAGGACCUCGAAAAGCUUCUGGCUCACGACAUGCUUGAGGCCAACGUGCUGACCCCGGAUGAAAUGCGCGAUUUCCAUUUCGACUCACUCGGAGCGCUCAAGGCGGUGUGGGCCAGCGUCAUUUCUGAGCUCAAGACCGACUUGCAAACCUCAACAGAACUCUAUCUCACCCUGGACAAGGACGUUGUGGUGAGCCUGAAGAAUUUUACCGAGACAGACCCUCGCUGGACGGAGAGCCGUAAACUUCACUCGACUCUCAGCCAAAUUGCCGCGAACAUCGAUUACAAUAAGCGCAAAAACGACAGCAGUCAUGCUGAAAAAUUACGCGAGGCCAAUUACAAGUGGGACUCCCAAGCAGCGGAUUUAUUCGAACUUUUCGAAUCCACCGACUACAACCGCCUCUUGUGUCUGAAAGAGUGCCUAUUGAAAUUCCAAAGCGGAUUUGGAGACUCUUUGAACCAGAGCCUCCAAGAAAGCGAAAAAAUCAUGGAUCAAAUAACGCGCUUCGAGCCGGAGGCAGAAAUCGAUCGUUUUGCAAAAUCCGCAACCGAAUACAAUUUCCAUUUUGCGUCCCCUUCCGAAGUGACGCCUUCGUCUCCAACCUCUCCAACUUCAACCAAGACUGCCAGCACUCCUUCUAAGAGCAGUCAUCGUUCUUUUGGUAAUUUUACCAACAGAUUGUCAUCUUCUGGAACUGUGAUAAAGCAUGAUUUAAUGAAAAAAGAGUUUUCGGACGACACCAAUAACACCUCUCUCAAGGGUAAAAAAUCCUCUCACAAAUUGAGAUCCAGAAUGGGAUCAAUUUUCGGAAGAAACAAGUUGAAAAACAAAAAAUCCGGUAAACUUUCUGAGCAUGCCAUUCCUGAGAGUGAAUCUUCUUCUCUCAGAACCGCAGAAUCAGUGGCUCAUACUGCUGCAACUUCAAAUCACCGCUUGGAUAGUUCACACGGAGCCGAACAAAAGCCUGUAGCUCCAGAACCAAAUUCAACCCGCGAAGAGCCUCCAACAAGCUUACCAAAGCCUACAAUGGCUGGAACAAGCUCAACUCUCUCUAUUCACCAACCACCUUUGCAACCACAAUCGCGCGAAAAGCCCCUACCCUCUCAACCUUCUCAAGCUAGUAGCGCCACUCCGGAUUCGAUCUUAGCUGGUCAACCAACUGAAUUGCAAUCACCACCACAACAACAAGUGCAGUCGCAAUUGCACCCUCAAACACACCCUCUUCACAUUCAAGCUCCUCAACCUCCACAACCACCUCCAUCAAGGAAGGCGGGUGGCAAUAUUCCCCUGGAUGGUUCUAGAGAGCCACAUGGAUCCGUCCCUGCCGUUUCGCAUACCCCUAGACGUGACGUGCAAUCUAAAUUGUUUACCGACUUGUCUCAAACAGACAUUGAUGCUCAGCGCUACAGGCGUCAUUCUUCUUUAAGCUCCCAGAUGACAGGAGAAAUGAAAAUGCUCAAUCCUCAAGCUACCGGAUCCUCCAUGACUUUGCCAAUCUCUGGUCAAUCGAUUUUCCAACAUUCGGAAUUAACUUCUUUUGGCUUAAAUGCCAGUAUUGCAGAAGUCAUUAAUGCCACUUUCAAAGAUGGUAUUUUAGAGUCUUCCCAACUUAUCGGUGAAAUUGCUUUGAAUUACAUAUCAGAUGGGAGUGAUUUACCAAUCGACAUUAAUUUGAAAAUGUCGAACGUGGAAGGCUUGGAGAAAGUCAUUGUUAACCAAGCGUUUAUUGAGCCAACUCAAACAGGUAUCUACAAAAUUAAUCCGCAAUUCAUUCACUCAAAGACUCUGGGAGCAUUAAAGUAUUCUCUGCCACAACCAAUCGCCCCUAUUGUGAUCCAUCCCGCGUGGAGAUUUGAAGAGCACCAAGCAAGUGUAGUUCUGACGUUGAAAAUUGCACCCACUGUUCCGGAGUCGGUGCAAGAACUUAUUUUGGACGAUCUAAUUGUAUUUGUCGCUAUAGAAGGAGCUAAUCCUACUAGUGCACUUUCGAAACCACAAGGUUCCUUCAGUAAAGAAAAGAAGAGAAUCACAUGGAGAUCGAAAGAACCACUAGUUUUAAAGAGAGAUGGAGAAGAAAGAUUCAUUGCCAGGUUCUUAACCGACGGCUUGGCUCAUGAGUCACCUAAAGGUGUAAUGAGCAAGUUCACCAUCAAAAACUCGAAAGUGGGGAGUGGAUUAAUACUACAAAGUCAAGAAGUUGACGUCAAUGAUCCAUUUGUUACUGAAGUAGCUUGGCAACCAGUAUCGACUGCCACAACAUUGGUAGCGGGCAGCUAUCAUGGCUUAGCAUAG